AUGCUAGAACAUUCUGGAAUCAAAGUUCUUACAACAAAAGAAGGAUCAAAAGUCAUCAAAGUUUUAUGGAUCAUCGUUUUAUCUUCAUCCUUAUUCGGAUUAGGAUUCUAUAUCAAAGUGUGCUACUCAAAGUUAAAAAUAUCACCAGAAAUUUUAGUCAAUGAAGAAUACAUCCACAGCUACACUAUUCCAUUUCCAGCCAUUACAAUUUGCCCGCCAAUUUAUAUCAAAUCUGAAUUUUUAAAUGUCUCAAAACUGCAUAGUGAUUUACAGAAUAACAGGACAGUAAAAGAUGAGGAUAAGCUACUCAUACCUUCAUCAAUCCACACGUGUGUAAACAACGACCAGCAAUCGAUAGUGAAUCUACAACUUGAAUUCCUGAAAAGUAAAAACUUUGACGAAAAAGUCAUUGAAAAUAUGAACAGAGCAGCACCGUCUAUAUCCGAUACUUUUGCAAAGUGUGAAGUCAAUGAAUUCAAUGGCUGUGAAAAUAUAUUUAUCAGAACUUAUACAGACUUUGGUUUCUGCUUUUCAUUUAAUUUAAUGGGUUAUAACUCAUUAUUCAAUGAUGACAUAAGCAGUGACUUUGAAGCAUACAAACGUAAAAAGAUUGUCAAGAAUUGGUCAAAUGAUGCAGAAAUCGAAUUUCAUCAUGAUGAUUAUGAAGAUCAAGAAGAAACAUGGACACUUGAAGAUGGAUAUCCAGGAAGUGAAGAUCACCAACCUCUAAGAUCCACAAAAUUACAAUAUUUAUUAGUUCGAAUAAAAGUCAACAGAUCAGAUGCCUCAAACAUUUGUACUGGACCAUUUGAUUUGUAUCGAGUGCUCUUCCAUUUACCAAAUGAGAUUCCAUCAAUGAUGCACAGCUAUACUGUUACUGAAAUUGAAAGCUUAAAGCUUACAAGGAUUAAUGCAAAUGUGAAAAAUAUUGGUGCCUCAUUAAAGAGUUUUGCACCUGCAAAGCGUGGCUGUUUUCUUAAGAAUGAGAAGCAUUUAAGAUUUUUCAAGGCAUACACUAAGAAUAACUGCGAAUAUGAAUGCAUGACAAACUUCACACUCCUCAAAUGUGGAUGUGUAAAGCACUCAAUGCCUCGAACAGAAGAUGAAAAAGUUUGUCAGGUUGAGGAUGUCAAGUGUUAUUCAGAAAUUUUGAAGAACUGGCCGACCAGCUAUUACAAAGACAAUAGAAUCAGAAAAGUUGAAAAUUUAUUAAAUUUACCAUGCAGCUGUUUGUCACCGUGUACGCAGAUCAAGUAUAACAUAAUUAGUGAACAUGCUCGUGACAUGCGUGGUGCAAGUACAGCAACACACAAAUUUUCAGGACUUCGAAUGCUCUUCAUCGACUCACAAGUCAUCAGAACUACAAAUUAUGUGACAUAUGGAAUUCAAAAUUUCAUUGCUGAUGUUGGUGGACUUGCUGGAUUAUUCUUAGGAUUCUCACUUUUAUCACUUGUUGAAUUGACGAUUAAGCUAUUCAUGUUCAUCAAAAGAAUGACUGAGAAAUAUAAAGUAGAUGCAAAGGAUAAGAAAGACUUAAAGGAAAGACAAAUUAACAAAUUAAAUGACGUCAUUAUUGAAAUUUCAAACUUUGAUUCUUCUAAAUAUUUUGAAGACAUUAAGCAACCAGUUAAGUUUAAAACGGAACAGAAUAUAUCAAUAAUAUCAUCAGUCCAAAAAAAGUUCCAAGACAACGAUGAAAGAAUAAAUUUUGUUGGAAAUCCUUUUGAAAUAUUAGAGUGA